GCUUUGCCCUCUCUCUAGAAAACCCAAAUAAUUCCGACGGGGAAGAGACAGAUCGCUGGGAGAUGGCUCGCCGUAGAAACGAAAGCGACGACGAUGACGACGAUUUCCUCUACCGAUACCCCGUCCCCUCCUCCUCCUCCGCCUCGGCCGCCAACUCCCGCUCCCGCGGCGGCAGCGGCGCCUCCUCCAAGGGCGGAUCCGGCGGCCUCGCCCCCUCAAAAUCGACGGUCUAUGUCUCCAACAUCGAUUACACCCUCACCAACUCCGACCUCCACACGAUCUUCUCCACCUUCGGCAAGGUCGCCCGCGUCACCGUCCUCAAGGACCACGCCACCCGCCGCAGCCGCGGCGUCGCUUUCGUGCUCUUCGUCUCCCGCCACGACGCUGCGGCGGCCGCUCGGUCCAUGAACGGGAAGGUUCUCAACGGCCGCACGCUCUCGGCCUCCAUCGCUGCUGACAACGGCCGUGCCGCCGAGUUCAUUCGCCGGAGGGUCUACAAGGACAAGAGCCGGUGCUACGAAUGCGGAGAGGAGGGCCACCUCUCCUACGAGUGUCCGAGGAACCAGCUGGGGCCCAGGGAGCGGCCCAAUCCGAAGCGGGCGCGGCGGAGGGAACAGGGCGGCGGCGGCGGCGGUGGCGGUGGCGGUGGAGGUCAAGAUGGUGGUUCUGACGGUGGCGAAGAGGAAGCUUUCGAUGACGAUAACUGGGCGUCGGUGGUGGACACGAGGGGGUUCGACGAGAAGGCGAGGGAAAGGGACGAGCGUUUUGGUGAUGGGAACGACAAGAAGAAAAAGGAGAAGAAAGUUAGCUAUUUCAGCGACGAGAGUGGCGAGGAUGAAUAGGAAGGUUCCUGAUGAAGAGUUUGAGUAUCUUAGGCAUCUCAUAGAAGAAAAGUGCACUGAAUGAACUGAUGAAUGAUAGGGUAUAUGCAUGUCUUAUGUGCUAUUCCUUCUGUAUCGAUACACACAAUUUUCUUAAGAUGUUGCUUACUUUUGGAAGUAGACUUGAUCUUUUAUUUGGUUGAAAUCAUUUAAGUCUAAACUUGUAAAGUUCAACUCGAUUAAUGGUGGACUUGCUCUUCUU